AUGAAGGAACUGACAGCGGUAAGUGCAUUGCGACCAUCUGCGGCAUCAGAAGGACGUGCUUUAGUGGAUGAAGCAUUGCGAGACAACGCUUCGUCCAUACUAGCUGACAUCGAGUCAAAAUGGGACCGAGCUUCGGAAACCUUUACUAGGUCACUGAAAAGCGUCUAUUAUUUGUGAGA